CAGGAUGUUGGCCUCCAGAGUGUUCAGCCUGGUUGGGAGGAGAUCCAUCUGCACCUCCCUCUGCCUCAGGGCACAUGGACACGCUGGCGUUGUUAAGGCAGAGGAUUACACCCUCCCAGUCUAUGUGGACCGUCGGGACAUGCCCCUGCCCGAGGUGGCCUUCGUCAGGGAUCUCUCUGCACAGCAGAAGGCACUGAAAGAGAAGGAAAAGGCCUCCUGGACUGCUCUGUCCGUGGAUGAGAAAGUUGAACUGUAUCGAAUUAAAUUCAACGAGACCUACGCAGAGAUGAACAAAGGCACCAACGAGUGGAAGACUGUCCUCGGGGGAGUCUUGUUCUUCCUUGGGCUCAGUGGUGUCAUCCUCAUCUGGCAGAAGCACUUCAUGUAUGGCCCCAUCCCGCACACCUUCAGCGAGGAGUGGGUGUCAGCGCAGACCAAGAGGAUGUUGGACAUGAGGGUUAACCCUGUGGAAGGCAUUUCAGCCCAGUGGGAUUAUGAGAAGAAUGAAUGGAAGAAAUGAAGCAACUCAGUGGCUCCUACUCUGCUUUGAAGCCCAAAUGAUUCCAUCACCCAUGUGUGACCUCGUUGCUUGUGUACUGGAACUCCCUCUCCACCUCCAGAAAUGCUAAUAAACCUCUGGUUAACUUGAGA